UAUAAUUCAUAAAUUACAAGGCGUUUGAACCGACUAAAUCUUUAGAAAAUCGGAUAACUUGUAAACACCGUCGAGAACAAGUGAAUUAAACGGUGAUUUCUUCUUAAAGACGUAUGUUCACAAACCUCGUGAUCUGUAAGAAACUAUGGAGGAUGAUCCUGACCAAGAUCGAACCCAAGAGUCCGAAGGAGAAUAGCAAAGGAGCAGUUCCAGGAUCUGGGUCGGUUCAAAGAGUGGGAAAAGAACUAAUGGAAAGCAACCAGAUACGUGAGAUAGUAUACGUAUAUUGAAUAAGUCAAGGUCCAGGCUCAUAAUGGAACAGUCAAUUAGUUUGACAGUGCUAAGCUUCAUUCCUGAUCCUUUAUGGAUACUUCAGGCGGCGAAAGAAUAAUCGUAUGCUCUGAAAGAUAGAUUAUUACGAGCCAUUCUUGGCAUUCACGUGAGACAAAAGAAUCCUUUGAUGGAUACUUCAGGUGGCAAAAGAAUCCUCGUAUGCCCCGGAAGAUAGAUUAUUACGGGCCAUUCUCCGCAUUCAGGUAUCCAUUUGGAUCGUUCAUAUCUUCCAUUCCUGUAUGAUGAGCCUAAUCUCAGUAGGUUCAUGAAAAAUGGUGUGAAUGAAAGAAGAUUUCAGGGUGGACCGUGUGGAAACUGGAAAGUCGGAUAUGAUUCAUUAGUCAGAUAUAUCAGGUCAGAUCAGUCAGGUGUUCAUUUUGCAUUUAUGAGGAGGGGACAGACUUGGUAUCUAUUGAGACUUCGUAUCCAUGUAAAAGUCAAACUUUAAACUUGCGGAGCAGAUAUGAUCCACGCCUCUCGUCUUUACAAAAGUCAAGCAAACUCAAAUGAAGAGUUUCUUCUCUCUAUAAAUGGAGAGAGUCAUGAAGAAGCUGAGUUUUAUACCAUUACUUGCUUCACAAGCCACCCACACCCUAAAACAUAUUGAUAAAUCCUGAAAUAUGAAGGGCUUGAAUCUCUGCACCAUCUGUUUUUCACUCAUCGUUUUCAGUUUAUCCCAAGCGGCUGCUUCUCCCACAAGUCACUUGUGUCGGUCUGCCCAGAGGGAAGCUCUUCUGGGAUUCAAACAUGAGUUCCCGAUCCAGAAGAUGGAUUCUUGGAGGAAAAACACUGACUGUUGUCUCUGGGAUGGCGUUAUAUGCGACGCGAACUCGGGUGAUGUGAUCGAGCUAGAUGCAAGUUCCAGCCUUUUUGGUGGUCUGAAACCCAACAGUCGUCUUUUUCGACUAGGGCAUCUUCAAAGUCUGAACCUUGCCCACAAUGAUUUCAACCUCUCUUCAAUUCCCACAGCUUUCAACAGGCUUACGAGGUUAACCCGGCUUAACCUCUCUCACUCUUCAUUUUCUGGUCGAAUUCCGAUCCAGCUUCUAGAGUUGACCAAGCUGGUAUCUCUUGAUCUUACUUCCGACCGUUCUCCAUCUGUUUCUUUAUCCACGGAAAAGACAUUUCUGAGUAAACUUGCCCGGAAUCUGACCAACCUCGGGGAACUCUACCUAAACGCUAUAGACAUUUCCUCCUCAGUUCCCACGAACAUUUUCAACUUGUCUUCUCUUAGGUCUCUCCACAUGGAUGAGUGCCGGUUGGCCGGUGAGUUUCCCAGUGGUGUUUUCCUAAUGCCUAACUUAGAAUCCCUUAGUUUCAGUGGGAACAUUGAUCUGAGAGUCUCUUUUCCUGAAUUUAAUACGAACAGCUCUUUAGUGAAGUUGGACUUUUCCCACACGUCCUGUUCAGGUAACUUACCUGGCUCCAUUGGCAACCUUGUUUCUUUGAACGUGUUGGACCUUGCCGAGUGUGGCAUCUCCGGGACGAUCCCCUCUUCGCUCGGAAACCUUUCCCGCCUCAACUUUCUCGCCCUCUCGGAAAACAGCUUCAUCGGUGAAAUCCCGUCUUCAUUCAGUAAUCUGAACCGCCUCACGUAUUUGGCUUUGGACAGUAACAAGCUCACUGGUGGCUUUCCGGUCUCGAUAUUCAGUUUAACCGAAUUGGUUUCGUUAGAUCUUUCUUACAACAAUUUCACAAACAUGGUCCCUUCCAACUUUAGUGGAUUCAAGAGAUUGGAGUUCUUCAACGCACGAGGAAAUUCGUUUACUGGUGCUCCUUCUUCAUCUCUGUUCAUGAUUCCUUCACUAAAAAUCCUUUAUCUGAGUCAGAACCAACUCACUGGCCCUCUCGAGUUUCGGAACAUAUCUUUGACAUCUGUGCUUUUGGUGUUAGGUCUUGGUAAUAACCAUCUCAGAGGGUCAAUACCGACAACCAUAUCGAGAUUUGUCAACCUCGUGUCCUUGAGUGUUCGUAAUAACCAUCUCAGUGGAACGUUUCCGAGGCCUCCACAAAGUAUCAAGUAUCUGAACAGCUCAAGAAACGAUUUCAGUGGAGAGAUUCCCGGCUUUAUCUGCGAGUUAAGCUCGUUGGAAAUCUUUGAUGUGUCGAGCAACAACUUCAGCGGCUCAAUCCCUCCGUGUUUAGGCAACUCAGACAGUAAUCUUACCGAUCUGAAUCUGCAGAACAACAACCUCGUUGGAUGUCUUUCGAAAGCAUUUAAGGGUGCUUCCCGGUUAAGGUCACUUGACAUCGGUCAUAACCAAUUCGAGGGAAAACUUCCGAGAUCUUUGCUCAAUUCCAUCCGUUUGGAAGUCUUGAACGUGGAAAGCAACAAAAUGCGUGACACGUUUCCAUUCUGGUUGAAAGAUUUGCCAGAGCUUCAAGUUCUUGUCCUCCGCUCAAACGAAUUCUAUGGCUCCAUAUAUAGUCCCGAUACUUCUCUCGAGCUCCCCAAGUUGCACAUCAUCGACAUAUCACACAAUCACUUCAACGGAUCUUUACCAUCCGAUUACUUUUCGAACUGGACUGCGAUGUCUUCAACCAUGGCAAAUGGAGAUGGUUCAGGAGUGAAGUACAUGGGGGACAACUAUUACAGCGAUUCGGUGGUUUUGAUGAAUAUGUUAAAUAAAGGAGUAGAAAUGGAGCUUGUACGGAUACUCACAAUUUAUACGGCCAUCGAUUUUUCCGGAAACAGACUCCAAGGAAAGAUUCCGGAAUCCGUUGGCCUUAUGAAGGAACUGCAUAUUCUGAACUUGUCGAGAAACGCGUUCAUAGGGAGCAUCCCGCCAUCGUUGGCGGCGCUGACCGAGCUCGAGUCAUUAGACCUGUCCGAAAAUAUGCUUUCAGGACAAAUUCCUCCAGAACUCGGGGAACUAUCAUUCCUGUCGUACUUGAACUUCUCAUGCAACCGACUUGAAGGUCCGAUACCUCAAGGAACACAGUUUCAAAGACAGCCUAAUUCUUCGUUCGAGAGAAAUCUCGGACUGUGUGGUCUUCCUCUCAGCCAAAGCUGUGGAGAAGCUAACACAUCGACAUCACAGCAAAAUGAUCUGGCGGAACGAGAUGCAGAAGAAGAAGAAGUAUUGAGUUGGGUUGCUGUUGCAAUAGGUUUGGCAUGUGGUCUUCUGUUUGGGCUUACCUUCGGACAGAUAUAUUCACUUCCCAGAAUGUGGGAGGGGUUAAUGAAGACUACGAGUCUACUGAAGAAUUGAGUUCUAUUCCAAUCAACUAUAUAUAGGAGAUGAUCUCUAUAUCAAUUUGUAUAGUCAUGAACUGAUGUACAAUGCAAAUGUUAUGAACUGUCAUUAAUUUCUGCAUUAUGCUAAUAAACUGGAUAGAUAUAUCUAUUCUGACUACAUAAAAAAUUUCAUUUUAUUUCAGUUAAGUAAUCAAUGUGUAUAUGACUAAAAAUUAGACAUAAUUCCAAUUUAUCCACACGCACAA